AUGGAUUUAAAAUCAAAACUUUUAUGGUUAAUAAUACCAAUCUAUAUGCUGCUCGUUGUCGAUGAACUACUCUAUACAGAAGCAUUUUUAAAAUCAGUAAGAAUCGAUGAAAUUCCCUUUGCUUUAUCUGUGAAAAUUCGCAAUAAAACUCGCGAAAGUUCAUUAAGACAUCCCGUGCCGGAUGAAUCGAAAAAUAUUUAUGCCAUGAAACGUUUGGAUCAACAUAAAAGUUUUCUAAAAAUCUUCAAUAUUCCAUAUAUAAUUUGCUUUUUUGCGGCCAAAGGUAAAUGGCCGUUCAUACCGCCGUUUAUGCAAAAUCGUGUUGAUGCUGCCGCUCGAACACUGUUCAGUCAAAAUGAUAGUUUUAUUAAAACGUUUUGUCAGAAAUGGAUACAGAUUAAGGAAUGCUUUCGCCCGCUAUUUUGUAAGUAGUACAUUGUUAAUUGUGAUGUGGAAACAGUUUCCAAUCAACGCUGUAAAUGCGCAAAUCUUGUGGCUAAUGAUGCUCCAGUUCCUGUGGUUUAUUUUGAUCGUGAUCAUAUAGGAAAUAUUAGUUUGGAAACAAUUUCCAAUACCAUUGAGUUUUUGCAAAAUUUUCUGCCACCACCCACCAGAAAAGGCAAACGAAAAAAUCGUGUGCGUUCCCGUGUCGAUGAUAUGGAUAUUGAAUGA